AUGGCGGGCUUCCUCCCCAAAGCGAUUGUCUCCGUGGUGGUCUUCGCCUACGGCCUGUUUAAUGUGGCCCUAUACGGCCUCAUCGCCAUCAAAAGGGGUCUCUACUUCAAGAAGCCGACUGAGAAGCAGACCCUCGAGCUCAAGAUCGCGCGUGAUCGGAUGUGGAACCUGUCAAAGGAUUAUUCCGGCCUGUCGCACCAUUUCAUCACCUUGACCAACGGCUUCAAGUUCCAUCUCGUCAGUAAUGUGAAGCCCGGCUCGCCUGCUGCGCUGAAUGCCGACAAGCCGUUGGUUAUCUUCAUUCAUGGGUGGCCGGAUAGCUCAGGCAUCUGGCGCUAUGUCGCUGGGUCCCCGGACUUGCAGGAAUCUGCCAACGUUGUUGCUAUUGAUCUGCCUGGAUUUGGCGGUUCUGGUCGUCUAGAGAAGUACUCUGCGACUAGGGUGCUGGAGCACUUGACAGAGCUGAUCCUGACUCUCCGGAUGAAAUAUGGCGUGGAUAGUGAUUCUGAGUCCCGGAAGAAGAGGACUAUCAUUGUCGCCCAUGAUUGGGGCUGUGUUUUGUCGAUGCGACUCGCGUCGGAGGCACCCGCCUUGGCCGACCGGUGGAUAUUGAGCAAUGGACCCCUGACCAAAAUGGUCGAAUCCAACAUCCGCCGCUUAUUGACAUCCGCCAAGAAAAUGCUCAAUACUGCCCUCAACUCUCCCCUCUCAUCACGGACGCCAAUUCUUCAGGCAUUCCGAACUAUCAGCCCCAUCCUGCGCCAGCUCAGUCUGUCCGGCUACAUCUUCGCGAUGCAAUUGCCUCUCCCGCUCGUGCGAUACUUCCUGACAGGCGGCAACAGUGCCCUCAUGACCAGCAUCCACUUCAACUCCCACGGUAAACAAAAGCCGACCCCUCAAGAAAUGGCCGACUGCAUGUCCAGCACCAUGGGCCCAUCCCUCGCCGAGUCCAAGACCCAAACCGCCGAUGGCGAGUCAUACCCCACCGGCGUCCAGUACGACCGGGACUUCUCCAAGAUCCUCGACAUGGCCAGCUACUACCGCCACGGCGCAGCGAGUGGCCGCUGGCAAAAGUCGCUCGAGACGAUCACGGGCCUGCACAGCAUUGCGGGUGAGAAAGUGCUGCGCCGCACGAGCAGUGGAACCGGUGUCUUCGACGAGGGCGUUCCUGGUGCCCUGAAAGCGAGUUCGACGAUUGUCUGGGGCCAGAAGGAUAUCGCGCUGGACCCGCAUCUCUGCUUGGAUGGGAUGGCCAACUACCUGGUCAAGGAUAGUCAGGUCGUGAUGCUGCCCCAGUCAGGCCAUUUCACGCCGGUGGAGAAGGAGAGCCGUGCGGCUCUGGAGGCGGCCACUAAAUGGGCGAUUGAGGGCGAGAAGGGGGAUGUGCAAGUCGCUCUGCAGGUUUCGUUCCCGGAGGCCCAUGUUGUGGUGCGCCGCUGA